AGCUGGGCUCGUGACAAAGUAUAAACCCAGGUUUCAGUGCCUGGUACUUGUAAACUAGUAAAGAUGAUGCCGAACUCGUUCCAGGCUCACCGGCCCACCGAGUCAAUUUACCGCCAACUCGUCGAGUUUGCUAAAACCGUCCUCGUCAGAGUCUUCGUUCCCCCUUACGCUACUGUGUGUGAUUUGUACUGCGGGAAAGUACCCGACGAAGAAAAAUGGGAUGAAGCUCAAAUUGGUCACUAUAUUGGCAUUGAUGUGGCAACAACUGGAUUGAAUGAAGUGAAAGAAGCAUGGGAGAGUCAGCGCAAGGCUUACACUUCUGAGUUCUUUGAGCUUGAUCCGUGCAUUGAGGAUAUGGAGCCGCAUUUGAAGGACGGGGAAGAUAGGGCUGAUAUUGCUUUCUGUAUGCACCAUUUGCCGCUGUGCUUUGAAUCCGAGGAGAAAGUGAGGAGACUGUUGUUCAAUGUCUCAUUGCUGCUGAAACCAGGAGGUUAUUUUAUUGGCAUCACUCCCGACUCAUCUACAAUAUGGAAUAAGUACCAGAAAAAUGUUGAAGCAUACCACAACAAAAGUAGUGGGAUGAAGCCCAACAUUGUUCCCAACUGCAUCAGAUCUGAGAGCUACAUGAUCACUUUUGAAGUUGAGGAAGAGAAGUUCCCCUUUUUUGGUAAAAAGUACCAGUUGAAAUUUGCGGGUGAUAUUUCUGCUGAAACCCAUUGCUUAGUCCAUUUCCCCAGCUUACUCAGGUUGGCUAGAGAGGCUGGUCUUGAGUACAUGGAGAUAACAAACUUGACUGAAUUUUUUGACGAUAAUAGAGCACAAUUUGCAGGUAUGUUGAUGGAUGCUGGUCCCAACCUUGUUGAUCCUAGAGGGAGACUUCUUCCCAGAUCAUAUGAUGUUUUAGGUCUAUACACCACAUUCAUUUUUCAAAAGCCAGAUCCAGAUAUUGCCCCUCCUCUCUCCACGCCAGUGUUGGAAGAUGGGAGCUACAAUCAUGAUGAGAGAGGUUGGCAAGGGACUGAUUGGAGAGAAGACGAGAAGAAUGGAAAGACAGACUCAGCUUUCGGAUUGGGGAAGAUAACCGAGCAGAAAGGCAUUUUAGGUCCCGGUCCAGCAGAAUUGCGCUUUCCAGAAGCUCUGUGAUCUGUUUCUAAUUUGGGUUUUGGAUGGAAUGUGGAUUAAAGAAGCAAAAAGUUAGCAUAGUUGUUGUCUGGUGCAUUUCAUAUCUGCUAAUGCACUGUAGAUACAUACAUAUUGGCACAGUAUUGGACUGUACACUAAACUAAGAUUACGCUUCUUUUCUUUUUUAAUAUUUAUCAAAGCUGUAAGAAACUGUAUGUAUGGGUUUCGUGUAAUGAGGGUUUUGUUUGUUAGUUCU